UCCUCUAGCGUCACUUCCCGCGCGGCCUCGCUUCCGUUUCUCUGCCCAGUCCUGUCAUCUCCUUCCGCCUGGCCGUUUCCAGGGUAACUAGCCGCGCCGGUCGGAGACUCCUGUCGCCCGCCUCCCAGCGGGGGAGUCAGCCCGGCCCCCGUCCGGCCCUAAUUUUGUGGGAUUGAUUGGAGUCAGACAAUGUCCACUCCUCCUCUCGCUGGGGCAGGGAUGCCUCCUGGAGCUUUCUCAGGACCACAGGCUCAAGCAGCCCGGGAAGUGAACACAGCUUCUCUCUGUCGCAUUGGCCAAGAAACUGUGCAGGAUAUUGUAUUUCGGACAAUGGAAAUCUUUCAGCUACUGCGGAAUAUGCAGCUACCAAAUGGUGUUACUUAUCAUACUGGGACGUAUCAAGACAGAUUAACAAAGCUGCAAGAACAUCUCCGUCAGCUAUCAAUACUCUUCAGGAAACUGAGAUUAGUCUAUGACAAAUGCAAUGAAAACUGUGCAGGGCUAGAUCCUGUUCCCAUAGAGCAACUUAUUCCGUAUGUUGAAGAUGAUGGAUCCAAGAAUGAUGAUCGUGGUGUUGCCAGCCAGCUUCGUUUUGCUAGUGAGGAAAGAAGGGAAAUCAUGGAAGUAAAUAAGGACUUUCUCCAGUUUAUGUACAUCGAAGUGUGGAUACAGUACUUGGACACAGUACUUCAGUUCUGAAGCCAUAUCAGUGCUGAAUGGAAAAAUUACAUCCAUUGUCUUGCUUGCAACACCUCUGUUAAUACAUUCCAGAAUGAUGUCUGCUUUUUUGCAGUGGAAUUAAGUUGUUUACUCAUAUUUAGUUUGUGCUCCACUAUAACACCCAGAUUCUUUUUUUCAGUACUCCUUCCUAAACGGUCAUUUCCCAUUUUGUUUUUGUGCAGUUUAUACUCGUAGGGCAGGGGUCGGCAACCUAUGGCACGCGAGCCAAUUUUUAAUGGCAUGCCAGAGCAGCGUGCCAUUAAAAAUCCUGCCCAGCCUGGCCCGGCCCGCUCUUCACCGCCCUGCGCCCUGCCCUGUGGGGGCAGCGGACAGAAGCAUAGGUGUGCACACUUGGUGUGCCCAAGCACUCCCUAAUGCAGGGGUGGGCAAAUGGCACCACUCUCCCAGCACAGCAAGCCGUGGGGUCCACGCUCCUGGGCUGGAGCACACAGCCGAGCGCGGCAAACCGUCGGUCCCUCCCCUGCCUUUCCCCCUCCCUUGGAGCCAUGCCGCCGUGUGCGCAGCGCUCUGGGGACCGGGGCUGCACGCUCCCGUGGGGCAGUAUUUGGCUCCGUGGGGAGGCAGACAUGCUCCUCCCUCCUCUGGAUCCAUGUCGCUGAGCGCACAGCGCUCUGAGGGGCGGGGCUGCCCACUCCUGCGGGGCAGCGUGUCUGGCUCUGCGCGGAGCAGAACAUGCUGCUAGGAGCCUCAUGGUAAGGG